AUGGCCAAUCCUGCGCGCUCUCCGUGCCUCGAUAACUUGACUGACGGGGCACGAUCCGUGUCUUCUGUGUCAUUUACUGCUGUGAUCUUGAAAGACGAGAAGGAGACCAUCACGCCAGAUGUCGAGAACGCUCUACCCGCGUACGCUCAAUCUUCCAGUCUCUCUCAUACAAGUCUUCCUUCAGACGACAAGUCCCGCGAUGCGGCCGCGCCAGAUCUCCCUCUUCCGCGUACUCCCAGUGCUUCGACUCCACCGGCGCACAUCCGCCCCACGAACUUCCUGACCCUCUCCCGAAGCCACCAGUCGAUCAGCGGCUCCUUCGUCAUCGACCCGCGUAUAAAGCUAUCCGCGGCACAUCUUCCCCCACUGGGUCCCGGUGAGACAGAGGAGACUAGGCGGAAUGCGUCUUUCCACAGCUCUACCGGUUCUGUCAAAAUCGACCUCUUCAUUGUGGGAGACGACACUAUCGAACGCCCCGUCUUGUUAUUCUGCGACUCUGAUUACGGCUCUGUGCAUGUCAAGCUAGUGCCCGACGCCGCCCGUCCGCGAAUCCACCUGAAUGCUCGGUCGGCCAAUCGCUCCUUGCAAGUCGAUUUCCCUCGCUCCUUCAACGGCCCACUGACCGUCGCGACGCAAUAUGGCUCGUUCAAGCUCUCGGCGCCUUUAACGAGCGAACUGACGACUGUCAGCGAGAUCAACGGCGUGCGGAAGUACUUCGUGGGUGAUAUCCCGCGCUCUACAGACGCAGAGGGCUGGCGGGGUGAUGAGGCGCAUGUAGAGACGGUCUAUGGGAGCUUGUCGCUGCGAUAUGAGAAUGAACUCCCAUAUCCAGUUCCGGAAGCGAUUGGGUUCUUCAGCAAGCUGUGGUGAAGUUCAUGAACCCGCACACCUCGCGCACCGAUCGUCUACUUUCGUUUGUAUACACAGCUUGUACACAAGGCAGUGAUCUUGACAGAUUCAUUGAUAAGCCACUGAUCAUGCUUUCAAAAAAUAUUGAAACUACA